AUGGCGGCCACAGUCGUGGGGUUGUUCUUCCGUACCACCGUGGUGAAGAGGGAGUUGAGCCAGAAGGAAGAGCUGGUGGAUGUGGCCGGGGAAAGGAACGUCUGGGCUGCCCUCCUCAGCCUGCUACCACCCAAUAACGUGAGUGACAACUGUUCCUUUGAGGACGUGGAUAAACUGAUGCGCUCACUGGAGUUGGUAAUAUAUGCUCCUACCUUUAUUUUUGGGAUGGUGCUGAACACCAUGGCUCUGGUGGUUUUUUGUAUCCUGUUACGAAAGUGGACAGAGUCAUCCAUUUACAUGACGAACUUGGCUUUGAUGGAUCUACUCCUUCUUAUGUUGUUGCCCUUUAAAAUGCAUGCUACAAACAACCCCUGGUCUUCCAACAUGAAGUCUGCCUGCUCCUUCUUUGAGAACAUGUAUUUCGUCGGCAUGUAUGGAAGCAUCUACACCAUCGUCUGCAUAGCUGUACAUCGUUAUAUAGCCAUCCGACAUCCGUUUCGCGCUCAGCAGCUGCGUUCCAAAAAGAUCUCUCUGGGUGUGUGUUUGGGUAUAUGGGUAAGCGUCCUCUUGGCAGUCUCACCUGCUUACUCAUUUGGAGAAGAAAGAAGCGACACGUUUCACUGUUUCCAUGAGUUUUCCAACACAGCUUGGGACACAGAUCUUAUCGUGUUCCUGGAGCUGUGUGGAUUUCUCCUUCCAGCCACUGUGCUGGUGGUCUGUUCCUGUCUUAGCAUUCGUGGUCUUCGGGAAUCAGAGAGGUUCAGUAAAAGAAGACAUGCAGGUGUGAGGAUUAUCUACAGCAGCCUGUGUGCCUUUCUGGUGCCCUUUACACCAUGCCAUGUGGCCAUCCUCUUGCAGUGUCUUGUCCGGCAGAAAAUCAUCACCAACUGUGAGCACAAAAAAAGCAUUGCUUUAUUCGUACAGCUUGCUCUGUGUCUGGCUAACAUCACCAGCUUCCUUGAUGCACUCUGUUACUAUUUCAUUGCCAAAGAGGUCAGAUCCCUCAAACCUACAAGAAUGUCUGUCGGCCUUUUCAUGGGGUGUCGAAGAGCAUCUGAAACGAACCUUUAG